GGAUGCCUGCUGAUAGCUGGUAGGAUUCGAGUAUGCGUCCAGCCAUGAGGCUUGUCUGCUUCAUCCGCUCCCCCCAUCAUUGCCUGAUCUGACCGUUUUUCAUCCGAGCAGCAGUCCGCGUUGGUCUCUAGUGUCAAUUAGUAGACAGUAUCUCGCAGAUCGCGCAUCGAGCAGCCAUUGCAACCGGCCGGUUUUUCCUGAUAUUUUUUUUUCGCUAAUCGUCGUUGUUCGUGAAUCGACUCGCUAGCGAUUCAUCGGUCCCCCUGAUUGCCGAGCCUGAUCACACCAUCUACUUGCCGCGCUUAGUUCUUUACCUAGUACUUAACUAAACUUGAUUCAAUGGAUGGCCAUGGCGGUUCCGCCGCCUCAUUUUCACCUCUCCAGCAGCGAACAUUCCAAGUUUCUAGAGACCAUCGCUUGACGGGCGUCCGGUCGUCGAUACCCGAGCGGGGAUGCGUCGCCGGACGAGAAUCGUUAGCCGGGAACUGUUUCCGUCAACAGAUCCCCGCAAAUCCGUCGCGCGAUCACUGCCAUUCAUCAACCCCUGGCGGCCCUCCCUCCCAUCACUCCCCUCUCUCUUCUCCCUCUCCGUCUCCCUCUCCCUCCCCCCUCUCUCCUCGUCUCCUACUACCCUCCCCUUCACCUACUCGUCCCGCCUGGUCCUCCAUCCGUCCGCUGCUCAUCCUCGCUAUAGCGCUCCUCGUUUUGGCCCAGAGCCACGCGCCGCAGUGCGCGCGCGCGGAGUCCGCUGCGCGCGCGUUCAAGCGGCCGCGCGGCAUGCUGUCGCCGUGGCACCACGGGCCGUUCGAGGAGGUGCGUAAGGUGGUGGCGCGCUCCAUCGACAACCUGCUCUUCUACAACACGGACUCGCCCCUGUCGGUGCCCAUGGAGGUGAGCGUGGUGCUGGUGGGGCUCGACGGCGAUGGCGCGUACCGCGUGGACCUGGAGGCGGAGCAGGUGCAGUACCUGGUGCACCACGGCUUCAGCUACCACCGCCCCGCGUGCUGGGAGACCAAACGGGAGAUGCUCGUGCAGCACGAGCUCAGCUAUAACGUUGUCAAGGCAUCAGAGGAGAACGUUGUCUCACUAGAGAAAGCCCUCCGCUCCAACCUGAGGGCCGUGCCCGGCCUUGCUGCUGCUGGCAGCAACACCACGCAGUACACAGUGGAAGCAACGAGCAUCGAGCCCGCACUCGACCUCAUUUACACUGAGCUUUUUGAGCGAGGCGCGGAGGGGGAGAGAGGGGAGGGGGGGGAAGGUGCAGGGGAGCAUGAGGGGCAGCCGCACAAGGCGAUCGCUAUCUUCCUGCUUAACCUGGAUAAGACACGCAUGGACCCCUCGCGCCCCGCGCCCUCAGGCCCUCUCACCUCUGCUCUGAGCGAGGAGCAGCUAGAGGCGCAGGAGGGCGGGUACUCGUACGCUUACUCGUACAACGGUGCCGGCCACGCACAGACAUGGCUGUCGCAUGGCAGAUACGUGGUGAUAGACCUCUCCGCCGGGCCAAUCACAUUCGGCCACCUGGACGAGGCAGAGGGUGCAGUGGUCCCCGGCACCAUCCCGCGAGUGCGCUCCAUGUUCCUGACAGACGAGCCCACACUCUCCUCCUCCUCCUCGUCAGCUGCUGCGACUGCCCACCUGCCUGCGCGGCCUCAGAGCAAAGACUACUUCUCGGGCGCGCUGGCCGACGUGGUGUCGUCGGCUGUGGAGCACCUCUUCUCACCUGACGUCCGCUUUUUGAAUGUGGAUGUGAGCCACCGCGUGCUGGUGGCCGUGAUAGUGCUGUCGAACCACCGCCUCUUCAACCCUCUCGCACCGGGCCAUGCCCACUCUGUCAACCUGCACCACCUGGAGGCCCAGAUCACGGGCAUGCUGGCGCCGGGGCAGGAGGUGGUGCUGGUGAGCGGGUGGCACUCGCUGCAUGACCACGAGCGGCUGGCCAUGGCGGUGGAGAAGGCCAUCCGCCACCAGUCCGUGGUGCUCACCCACGCCGAUGGCUCCACCUCGCAUGGCACCAGGAGCUUCCUGGAUGCGCCAUACUUGCUGCACCAAUUCCACGAGUCUGCCGACAUGCUUGCAUCCGCUCUUCUAGAGGCUGCACACCCGGCUCUCUCCGCCUCGCUCUUCCUCGAAGAUCCGUCAGCAGCAGUGGAUGCAGCGGACGAAGCAGCGAGCGACGAGGAGGAGGACAGUGUGGUGCGCACGUCCCCCCCGCCCUCCUCCAAGGCGCCCCCCCGGCGCACGAUUCUGCCGGUGAAGCGGUCGUGGGACGCGCACGUGGGGCUCAAGGAGCGCACCAAGAGCAAGGAGCGGCGGGCAGUGGACGCUGAGCUCGCUAGGGAGCACGGCACGCGCGUGCUGCCCGUCUUUGUGCUGUCGCUGGCGGGCAUCGAGGGGCAGCUGACGAUGGCGGAUGAGGGGGGCCAGGGCGCGGGGCAGCAGGUGUACGCCGCGCCGGAUGCAGUGCUGGUGCUGCAGACGGCGGAGAACAGCACCAUCAGAACACGGUUCGUGUCAGCAGGCCAGCCUGUGUUCUCAUCCCCCCAGCACCUGCAGCGGCCGCUCACAGCAGGCAUCGCUGCCGCGCUGGGAGGCCUCGUGGCGCCUUAUGAAGACCUCAAGGUGCACCGGCAGCGGUGCAUGCGGCGCGACUGGGUGUGGGCGGUGGGGCAUCACCCGUUCGGGCCGGUGUCGAACACGUCGUCGCUGAGCGCGCUGCUGCAGGACACCAUCCGCAUGAACGCCGUUUACUCGCGCAUCGACAUCACCCUGCGCUCCCUGCACCGCUGCAUCCAGGCCAUAGAGGACUUCUCCAACACGUACCUGUUCGCCGCGCUAGGCAAUGAGGUGCACCACCCGACGCACUCGGACGCGCACCACAACAGCACCAUCGGGGCCAAAGCGGUGCUCAAGGCCCUCGAGUCGCUCUACUCUGACCCAUCGCGGUCAUCGCUGCCCAUACCUCACUCUGUUGUGGAUAGACUCACGCACAGCCUCAAGGAGGCAGAGGACCACCUGCAGAAGCUGAGCUCGCACCUGUACGAGCACGAGCUCGCAGACGCGCACCACCUCUCGCGCUCGCUGCUGCACUUCACCCACGGCUUCCACCAUUAUGUGGAGGAGGAGCUAUCCCACGCGCACGAGGCCAUGCGGUGCUGCCGCAUCGAGCACCGCUUCCCCUCGCGCACGGCGGGCGCUCUGCUGUACGGCUCCAUCCUGCUGGCGGGCUUUGCCGUCUACUUCCUCGUCAUCUUCUUCUCCGCUAGCGAACACUGACAAGCAGCGCUUACACCUUGCGUGCUAGCUUUGAUGCAUGGCGGAAGAUACUGGCAGUGGGCGGUGACGCCACCCGGUAUGCUGCGCUGAAAGCUACUGAAGCAGUUAUUGAACGCUAGUGCAUACAAAAACUGGGCUGUACUGUUCACCUGAAAUGGCUUGUGGCAAAUGAAUUACAGAGGUGCAGCGGGUUGGAUAUGGUUUGUGGCAAACGAAUUACAGAGGUGAAGCGGGUUGGAUUAUGGGGUUUGGUCAGAGUAUAUGUGGAGAAAUUGCCAAUGAAGUGGGACUCUUAGGUCCUCAACAAUGAUCGAGUAGACAUAUCCAUAGAAUUUAUGUCUAGCCACCCCCUUGUGAACUUCUAU